GGUGGCCCGAUCAUGAAACCUUCCAUCUCUGUGGGCCCCCCCUCUGGCCUUCUGCUGGUCCUAAUGUGCUGCCCCCUCCUGGGUUUGGUCCAGUCUGCCAGCAGCGGCAACAAGGCCAGCGAUAACGGACAUGCACAUCUGGGAGAUACUGACCCAGACCGCUGCAUGAGGCACCACUUUGUGGAGACCAUCACACACCCGAUUUAUAAGUGCAACUCCAAGAUGGUGUUGCUGGCACGCUGCGAGGGCCACUGCAGCCACACGACCCGCUCCGACCCACUCAUCUCCUUCAGCUCGGUGCUCAAACAGCCCUUCAAGAGUACCUGUUCCUGCUGCCGGCCGCACACCUCCAAGCUGAAGGCGGUGAGGCUGCGCUGCACCGGUGGGACUCGCAUUACAGCCACUUACAGAUACAUCCUCGCCUGCAACUGUGAGGAGUGCAGCUGAGCAGACAGCAGCACCCUCCCAGACCCAUAAGACUCUCAAUAGCCGGCAUUUUUCUUGGCCACAGACCUUUCUCUAAAGCUGUCCAAAGCAUUUUGGUUGAUUAUUGGAUCAGAAAACGGCCCCAGAGAUGCUGGUUGUUAACUUGUGAGUGAUAGUUUGGAGCAGUCAGAUCAGCCUUACGUGGGCCUUAAAAUUGACCUGCAGCCCUUGGGACUCAAAUAGAACAUACUAUACCCUCUCCAUUAUGUGCAUUCAAUCAGUACAAACAAUGCAAAGCAUAUUUCUUCAGCGCACAAGGCCAGACACCACAAACUGCAGCUCCCAGGGGCCCGUUGGAGACCCUCCUCGCUGCAGAGACACACUGCACUCAUUAUAAGCCUCCGUAAUUCAUAACACACACUCUCAAAAACCACAGAAUGAGAGCUCGUUGCAAAUAUCUGUAACAGCCUUCUCCCGGCUCCAUAAAAAAAAAAAAAAAAAGAAAAGAAGCGUUUGACGACUAAACAAAAUGCCUCGUUAAAAAGCAGCAUGGGAAAGGACGAGCGGGUCUGCAUGAGCCCUGACAUGUGGUGGAUCUAUAGAGGAGCACCUGCGCCGUGCUUACUCACCCAGUAACAUUUUACACACUCCCUGCAGACUUUCAUCUAGCUGUGUAAAACAUGACUGAUGCUGACAGGAGAGCUCAUCAAGCGAACAGUAAAAAGAGUAGUGGAGCACCGUGUAAGAGGAUCCCCGAGGACGCGAGAAGACCGCUGAUGAAGGUUUUACCAGCCUCUGGGUGGUGGUGUGGACUGUCAAUAGACUGUCGAGGCCAUCGGCGCUCAUUUAAAAUGUAACCUGUUCUGUUUCUCUUUGUGAUGUUCUUGUCAUGCCGGAUUGAUUAAACUGCCGCUAUUGCCUGUCAUGUCCAGUGUUUUGGCUUGAAGGAGAUGUUCUUGUCAAAGCAGCUCCGUGGUUCCUCUGUAACUCCUGCAUUUGCUUUCUGCACAGUCCAACAUGAUGAAUACAGAACU